GACCCAGCCCAAACCGCAAUAAACCGAAAAAAAUUAAGAUUUUGGGCGGGUUUAGUUGGGCCGACGGUUUAGCGGGUCAAAAAUUUGGGUUGGUUUGGUUUGGUAUGGGCGGGUCCGGGUUAGGAAAUGUGAACCGCAGGAACCCUAACCCGCCCACUAGUAAUAACAAAACGUUUCAUAUUAGGUUUCUAAAAGUUGCUGUGCAUUUUCCUUCUUUCAUUUUCAUUACCAUCCAAAUCCCUAACAAGUCACCGCCGCUGCCGGAUACACACCUUCAUCCAUCCCCUCAACCCACACCACCACCAACCUUCAAAACUACCCACCACCACCAUAUUCAAAUUGUUUUAUUACUCACAACCAGUCAAUAAUCCUAAAGAGACACGAUUCUCAUUCACUCAUCUUGUUCAAGAUUUACUUUUUCUUUCUUGUUGUUUCGAAGAAUAGUGUAUUCUUAUUGUUUUGGAGUUUUCUAAAUUAGAGUUUUCUCUAUUUAUCCGUUCUUGUAAGUUUUGUUUGCAUCCUUCUAAUUAUUUUCUUAUUUUGCAUCGGUUAGGUUUAGUUUGUAUUCUCGGUUUUUCAGAUUUGAUUUUAUUGUGAUAGUUUGAAACUUUGUUUUUGGGUUCUAGAAAAAGAGCGAUGGUGUUCAAAAACAGGUACAUGGUGAUGGAAGUUUUUAUGAAUCCUAAUAGAGAACAAGCAUCGGGUGAUUCUAUUAUAAUUACUCAGUUUAAUAUCUCUAAUGCUAUAAAAGAUAGCAUCAUGGUGAAUUUUGGGGAGUGUGGUUUGGCGGCAUCACUAGGAUCAUUUCAGGUUAAGUAUGUGAAUCCAAUCACUAAUGUGUGCAUUAUUAGAGCUUCAAGAGAGGAGCAUGAAAAAGUAUGGGCUUCUAUUACUAUGGUUAGAAGUAUUGGAAAUUUUCCAGUGGUGUUUAAUUUACUUGAUUUAUCUGGAAAUUUACAGGCUUCUAAAACCGCCGCAUUGAAGUGCGAAAAAGCAAAAUUUGAACAGUACAAACUUAUGGUUGGUGAUCGAUUGUCAGCUGACGAUACUCAUCGUAUGAAUAAUCAUCUUGCAAAGAUUGAACUUUUGGAGCACUGAAUACUUGGCCAUCAUCAAGGGCAGGAAAAGGGGCUAACUAACCUGGAGCUGCAUACCCAAAGGUGCCUGCAAAUGUGGUCCAGCUGCUUGAAUCAGGCUUUAGAAACUUGGCUGUUCCAAAAUCUGAAAGUUGAGCUUCAUAGGAUGAAUCCAAAAGAACAUUCUUGCUUGAUAUGUCACGAUGAACUAUCGGAGGUAUGCAGUCGUGAUGCAUAUAGGACAAAGCAUUAGCCACGCCUCGAACAACAUUCACCCUCUUUUCCCAAUCAAAUGCAGUGGCUUUUGUGUCAUUGUUUAGCAUUUGAGUCAAAGUUCCACCUUCCAAGAACUUAUAAACCAAAAAUGAGAAUCUUGAAUGUUGACAAUAUCCGUAGAGCUUUAUGAUGUUACGAUGCCUGAUU